CCCCACGUCACUCUCCCACCUACAACCCUCCCAGCGUACGGCUCUUCCACCUACACCUCUAACCGACCCCAACCGGAUUCUUCUUCUAUAGCCGGGAGCAUUCCAAGCACCCUUCUGGAUUCCUUGAUGAUAGUAGCAGUCCUCAUACAGUCGAGAUGGAGGCGGCAAUGAAAUCUUGGGAGCUCGACAACGACAUCGUGCUCGCCGACCCCGUCCGAGAUGCUCUCUACAACUACUCACCCAGCCACCAAAACGAUGCCUCCAAUCCCUGGAAGGAGAACCCUCACUACUUCCGGCACGUGCGUAUCAGCGCCAUCGCCCUCAUCAAGAUGGUCAUGCAUGCCCGCUCCGGAGGCUCGAUCGAGAUCAUGGGUUUGAUGCAGGGCUAUGCCGACGGCGAUACCAUCGUCGUCACCGACGCCUUCGCACUGCCCGUCGAGGGCACCGAGACCCGCGUCAACGCCCAGGAAGGGGCCAACGAAUAUAUGGUCCAGUACCUGCAGCUUUCUCGCGACCAAGGCAGCCGCCAGGAGAACGCCGUCGGCUGGUACCACAGCCACCCGGGCUACGGCUGCUGGCUCUCCGGCAUCGACGUGGAAACCCAGAAAAUCCAGCAGUUGGUCAAUGAACCCUUCGUCGCCGUCGUCAUCGAUCCCGACCGCACCAUCAGCGCCGGCCGCGUUGAUAUUGGCGCCUUCCGCACCUACCCUAAUGACUACAGGCCCGUCUCCUUCGCCGAGCACCCCCCCGCCCCGUUGAGCAGUGGCAGCAGCAGCGUGCCCCCUGCUAAGGCUGAGGACUUCGGCGCCCACGCGAGCCGCUAUUAUAGCCUCGAGGUAUCACACUUCAAGUCGACGCUCGACUCGAGUCUGCUCGAGCUGCUCUGGAGCAAGUACUGGGUCCAGACACUAUCCCAGAACCCGCUGCUGACGAACCGCGACUUCGGCGACAAGCGCAUGCUCGACCUCGGCUCCAACAUCCGCGAGGCGUCACAGUCCGUCCAGCGCUACGCCCGCAGCGGCGGCGGUUUUCAGGCGGCUGGAGGCAGCGGCACAGGCGGCACGGCCGGCCUCAGGGGCCUCGACGCCGAGAUUGACAGGCUAGUGCGGGCAAGCCGCUCUAUUGUUACGAACGAGAAGCAGGGUCUCAUGGCUGUGGAGGUCAAAGCCAAGGUCUUCGGCAGCCUGGGGACCUCCGCUACUUCCGCCGAUACAGUCAUAGAUGGAACCACAGAUGCAGUCGCUACCAUGAUGAGCACAGCCGAGGCGCCCACGGUUACGACGUAGUACACGGGUGCUCAAACGGCAUGGUAGACGCAGAAAGACGAACCGGUCCACUUUUACCGGCUCACUCUUUUCAUGUAGGUAGGGGUUUUUUGGCUUUUAUACGAGGUAGGAGGAGUCAAGACCAGGACGGGCCGGACAUCAACAGACUCUGAUAUUCGCCGGCGUGGGUAGCAGCAACUAUCUUACAGAUGUAUUUCUAUAGAUGGCGACCCUCUCUAGGCGUCCCUCUCUAGUUGCUGCUCGUCUCUAACUAGCUCGCCGGUCGAUGGCAUACCAACUCGUUAUCAGGCUACUACGAGACACUCUCCCGCGCGGGGAGGGAACGUAAGUGAGCAAGCAAGCAAACAGAUAAACAAGUAAGCAUGAGUUGGCACUGUGUAUAUGUAUUUCUCACGUCCUCUUCCUCUUCCCGUCGCAUCCCCAUUGGGUACCGCUGGAGAGACGGAGGGGAGGAAAGGGUGAGCGGCAAGGGAUGGAAAAGGAGGUGAGGUCGGCUAGUGAAAUCAAGAUGACACGUUGACAUGAUAUCCGGGGACACCGACGCCCUCGACGUCUGUACGUGUCUGGGGCCGUUUUCUCCGGCAGGGGCGUAUACCUCUCCAGGUAGUGCGGCGUAUAUCCACCCGCUAUACAUACCUUGCACGCGCAAACAUUCAAUCGGGG